AUGACGGCUGCUGGGCUGGAGCCCAACAGCAGAGAAGCCCCCGUCGUGGCCUCAGUGGGCACCGACCUCUCUUGGGACAACGGCUCCAGGCACAAUGUCACCGUGCCCGAGCCGCUGCCGGUCCUGUACGUGCUCCUGCCGGUGGUGUACUCCGUGAUCUGCGCCGUGGGGCUGGUGGGCAACACGGCCGUCAUCUAUGUGAUUCUCAGGGCGCCUAAGAUGAAGUCGGUGACCCACGUGUUCCUCCUGAACCUGGCCAUCGCCGACGAGCUCUUCGCACUGGUGCUACCAGUCAGCGUCGCCGAGCACCUGCUGCAGGGCUGGCCCUUCGGGGAGCCGCUCUGCAAGGUGGUGCUGGCCAUUGACCACUGCAAUAUCUUCUCUAGCGCCUACUUCCUGGCGGUCCUGAGCCUGGACCGCUACCUGGUGGUGCUGGCCAGCGCCCAGUCCCGCCGUACACCCUGGCGCACCGUGCGGGCGGCAAAGGUAGCCAGCCUGUGCGUGUGGCUCGGCGUCACCAUCAUGGUGCUGCCCUUCCUCUCCUUCGCCAGGGUCUACAGCAACGAGCUGCAGGUCACCAGCUGCGGGCUGAGCUUCCCACGGCCCGAGCGAGCCUGGUUCAAGGCCAGCCGCAUCUACACGCUGGUCCUGGGCUUUGCGGUGCCCAUGGGCACGCUGGGCGUGCUCUAUGGGGACCUGCUGCGCAGGCUGCGGGCUCUGCACCUCCCUUCUGGAGCCAAAGCUCUGGACAGGGCCAGGCGGAAGGGGACGGUCCUGGUGCUGGCUGUGUUGGCCGUGGGCCUGCUCUGCUGGACGCCCUUCCACCUGGCCUCCGUCGUGGCCCUGACCACAGACCUGCCCCAGACACCGCUGGUCAUCGGCAUCUCCUACGGGAUCACCGGCCUCAGCUAUGCCAGCUCCUGCCUCAACCCUUUCCUCUAUGCCUUCCUGGACACCAGCUUCCGCAGAAACUUCCACGCCAGCUUCCGGUGCCCGGGGGCCUAA